GACAGACAGACAGACAGACAGACAGACAGACAGACAGACAGACAGACAGACAGACAGACAGACAGACAGACAGACAGACAGAAGGAAAUAAAUAUACAUAUAAAUAUACAUAAAUGUACUCUCAAAUUACCUUAUUAAACCUGGAAAAAGAAACAGCUAAGCGACAAUAAUUAAAAACUACUGCAGUCAGUUGAAUUUCUUUUACUAAGGUCAAAGCAGAAGGAACUUACAGCCGGUGACUAAAGCAACUACCCGGAUGUGCGGAUGUCCGGGUGUCCGUGUUUCUGGUAUGACAUUUCAUUUUGUUCUCAGCUGAACUGUACCUUGAAUUGUUAUUCGUAACAUGCUUGCUUAACGAUGUCAGGAUUUCUAAACCUGUGCCUCUUUGUUAAUUUGUUAUUAGAGGGGAGAGCACUGAAUCAUAUAAGUAUUCAGUGUUAAUUGUUUUUAUAUUUUUCUUGUUAUUAUUUUGUUACGUGUAGUUCAUGGUUAUCAUAUUUUAGAUAUAAAAUAUUCUUUUAAUUAACUUUUGUCCAUGACAAUAGUACCAAAAUGGGAAGCACUGUUAGCAAUUGCCUAUAAAGUGAGAAAGCCCAUGGGACUCAGACGUGGUACAUAAGUAAAAAGAAUUCAUUGCAACCAGUGUGAUUGUUUGAAACAGAAAAUAAAAACAGACAUUUUCGGAAAUGAUAAUUAUUUCAUUUUUGUGUGUGAAUAUUUAUCUGCGAUUGUCUGGAUUUACCUCUGUACUGAACUAUAGAACAAUAAAGACGACGUGUGGUCCAAGCGAAGACAAAACUUCUGUAAGGUAUCGAAACAGUAUAUAUAUAUACACAAUGAAACUGAAGGAAGUUUUACAUGUCUAAAAAGAGCAUCAAGACCAAUGACGGAAUAGCAGGAAGCCUUACUUCCGUUCUGAGACACCAUGAUUCAUUUGAAACCAUUCUUAUAAAACGUCUGACAGACAAUAGUUUCUUAUCAUUCCUAUCAGGUUGCAAUGAAGUUGAGUACAACAUUCGUUCUGUCCUUCACUUUUAUUAUUACAGCGCUGGUGUACUCUUCAAACGGCGAAAAGAAAGAGAAAACAUGUGCUGAUGUAAAGCUCGCUGAACCUGUAAACGAGACGGUUGAAGCAAACAAUGAUGGGUACGUCCACGUCAGCUUUAUGCUGAAUACAGACAACUGUCAAGAUAGCCCCGAUGGGUUACGACUGAAGAUAUCAACGUGUGAGGAACGCCUCCCUUGUUCUUUCUGUACAAUUGUUGUCAAUGGAAUCUUAUGCAAUGUUACUGAUCGGUCACACACAUGUCAGUGUUUAAUAUAUCAACAACAGAUGUUUGUGUCGCUGUACAAGAACAUCAGUCGCUCAGACAAAGAGAUCAGGCUGACAGUGAGAUUGAAAGAUUUGACGGAAGAAACCCUCACCCUAGUCAAUAUCAGUUUCGUCAAUGCUACAGAUGCAUCAUCUGUCAACAGGACAGGACCGAGCGCUGAGAAGAUACCAACAUUAAUGACAUCAAUGAUAAUCGGCUCCUGUGGCGGUGUUGUCGUGGCUGUUGUGUUCAUUAUCGUCGUUAUCAUAAAACGAAUAUGUGGAGGUCAAAACGUGGAUGUCAUCGACUUACACUUCAGACAGGAGGAACCGUUUUGGUACUAUACAACCUCAGAAAACUCCUCAGUCAACACAGAAAUACCGAGCAAUGUGAUGCCAUGCCGGCAAGUUGUUAGACCUCUGCGGCAGAUAGAGAGACAGAGAUUGUAACAGAGAUUGAACUAAAUAGUUUACAAAAAGAAGAAAAAAAAUGUAAAAGCUCAUGUAACUCUCUCAUUUUCUUUGUUGAUCCGACUAACGUGGCAAAGAGAAAAAAUUGUACAGAAUGUAAUGACAGUUUAUUGACUUCUCAAAAAAGUUUUGUGUACUAAACUAUUGUUGGUGGAGCAGUAAGUUAAUCACCUGUCACUAUAACAGUGAGAACUGAGUGUCGUCACUCCGACAGGUGUGUGGAUGUCAAACCUUCGGCGCUUGUGUUUGUGUGUGUGUGUCUGUGUGUGUGUGUGUGUGUGAGAGAGAGAGAUAUCUACGUUAGCUGUAUGUGUAUUUGGCUGUACAGUACAUUUCAUGUCUACCCUGUAAAUGUGUAUUCUUGUUCUCUUGUAUGUAAAGCGAUUAAACUGUCAUCGAAGACAAUGAGCUAAGACAAUGCUCACCGCAGUGGAAAAACCAGAAAUAUAUAAUAAAAACGAAACCACGAGACUUGUACCUUGAUCGUUCACUUUCUAGUUCCUUACUGUUUCCACAAACUGAUAUGAAAAAGGUUACAAUAGCUGAUAGUAAAGUAAAUGCAUUGUAAAUGUUUUCACACUGUAGAUUGAACGAGGGUGACUCCAGAGAAUGUUAAUGGCAUCAGGAGAAUAGUGUUAAGAUAUUGAGUGAUGUUGAGAAUA